UUGCUUUUUCUUCAUAUAGUGGAAAGGACAAACAGAAGGUUUCCCUGCAAAGUAACUUAAGAGUAUAGAAGCAGUAGUGAGGGAGAGGAAAAAAAAUCACUGUCACUUACAGCCAAAAUCCUUCUGUUGGGAUUCUGAACUAUGACAUCAUGGCAAGAUUUCGCAGAAGAACAUGCAUCAUUUUGUUGCUUUUUAUUUUGUUUAUUUGCUCUAUAAUGAUGGCUUUGAAGACCCUGAGACCUGACAGAGCUGGCUUUGGGGAUCCAUUUGGACUUGGUUUGUUGCCAGAGCUUCAACAACGGACAGUGCUCUUAGACAGUAAACAGAAUUCUCUGAAUAGGGCUCAAGGAGAUACUGUAACACGUGCCAGUAAUUUGCAUAGUAUUGCUGUCAAUACUAUGAAAGCAUCUAUGUCUUCUGUAAGAAAGCUGGAAGAGGAGCUGUCUUCUCCUAAUUACAACUUUCACAUAUUCUACUAUACUUGGUAUGGGAAUCCACAGUUUGAUGGUAAAUACAUUCACUGGAACCACCCGUUGUUGCCACAUUGGGAUCCCAAAAUUGCAAACAAUUAUCCAAAGGGAAGGCAUAAUCCUCCUGAGGACAUUGGGGCCAACUUUUAUCCAGAACUUGGAUCUUACAGUUCCAAAGACCCUACUGUCAUAGAAGCCCACAUGAAACAAAUGCGUUCAGCUUCAACUGGUAAUGAAUGUGUAAUAGUGCUUUCAUGGUACCCACCAGGUAUGGCUGAUGAAAAUGGAGAACCAACUGAUGAUUUAGUGCCAAUUGUUUUGGACUAUGCACACAAAUAUAACCUAAAGGUCACUUUUCAUAUCGAACCUUACAAAGACAGAGAUGAUCGCAGCAUGUACCACAAUGUCAAGUACAUCAUUGACAAAUAUGGAAGCCAUCCAGCCUUUUACAGGCAUAAGACCAGCACAGGCAGACUUCUUCCCAUGUUUUAUGUUUAUGACUCUUAUGUAACAAUUCCUGAAAUAUGGGCAAAUCUGUUAACUGUCUCUGGAUCCCAGAGUAUUCGAAAUACUCCCUAUGAUGCAUUAUUCAUUGCACUUCUUGUAGAAGAAAGACAUAAGCAUGACAUUCACAGAAGUGGUUUUGACGGAAUGUACACGUAUUUUGCCACCAAUGGCUUCUCCUACGGCUCAUCUCAUCAUAAUUGGGCAAGUUUAAAAGCCUUUUGUGAUAGUAACAACUUAAUGUUCAUUCCAAGUGUGGGGCCAGGUUAUAUUGAUACCAGCAUCCGACCAUGGAACAACCACAACACUCGGAACCGUGUCAAUGGGAAGUACUAUGAGACUGCCUUCAGUGCAGCCCUUCUGGUGCGACCAGAAAUUAUUUCCAUUACAUCUUUUAAUGAAUGGCACGAGGGAACUCAGAUUGAAAAAGCUGUCCCUAAACGGACUGGGCAGGUGGUUUACCUUGAUUAUAAACCCCAUAAACCAAAUGUUUACCUAGAGCUUACUCAGAAGUGGUCUGAGAAGUACAGAAAAGAACAAGAACAGUGGCUUAUGUGAGCUGUCUCAGCUGCAGUUGUUUCCUAAUGCAUUAACUGUAUUGAGAAAGAAAUUGAGAGGUGAAGAAUCUGUUACUGUCUUUAUUAUAUCUUUUGAAUGUAUAUGCACUACUACUGAAUUUUAAUUUUGAAAAGUAAAAAGAUUAUGAGACUAUUGGCAAUUCUGUCUUACUGGAUAUUUUAGUUCAAAAAUAUUCAGGGAAAGCUGUUUGUUGUUCAGUUGUUUUUGGUUUUUUUAACUUCGUAACUUGCAUGCUGAGUUUUCAGAACAUCUGCAUGGAAUAACGCUACAUGACCAAAGUAUAACAAAAAACUGGCACAGUUUCUUCCUUCCUUUAUUCCUGUGGUUAUGUUUCUAAUCAUACUGAUGCUGUAAUCUAAAUCUUCAUAGCUUCUUGCAGGAUGCAUGUCUGCAGAGUGUGGAAUAAUCUGCAGUUACACUUUUUGAUGCUUUGCAUAUGGAGUUCUUGACAUAAGACUAGCGUGUGGUAGAAGCACUGAAGAGUUAUGUGUGAUGCAACACCACUGGGUUUUGUUUUAAAAAAAAAAGGUAUUUGAAAGAAAGUUCCAAAGAACUGCUGAAUGAUUUCUAGUUUACAUACAUUUUUUUGUGUUUGGUACAUGGUGUAGACUUUUGCAGAUUACUGGACACCAACCAGGAACAAUUUUUUUCUCUAUUACUUUGAAUUUAUUAAAAAAAAAAAGUUUGAAUUAGAAUGGAAAAUAUUUUUGAGGGGGAAAAUUCCCCUGAAGAUGCAAAAAGUUUAAAGUUUAAAACUUCCAUUGUUGCUUAUUUUCUCCUAAUGGACUGCAUACACAGACCUAGAGUACUUUUUUAAAUUUUUAAAGUUUCUAAACCCAGUAUCUUACUAGUCCUACAAAAAGUUAAUUGUAGGAAAUACUUUUUUUAUUUCUGACUUAGGAGCAAUCUAGUUUGGUAGCAAUGAGAGCAACUACCCAUUUGUUUAAUUUGGAAUCUGAGAUUUCUUUUUCAUCUAGUACAUUUAGUUAUUCCAGGAUUCAGAAUUGUAGAUACUAAAAUCCUGCUGUUACUCAGAUAAGCACCCUACCAAUGCUACCUGUAAGGCUGUGGUGUGGCUGGAAAUUACUGUUUUUAGUC